UGGGUGAUGUCAGGCUCGAGGAGGAGCCUCCGCCGCCUGCCCUUUUACUUUCGGGCGCCGGCACUUGGCCGCAGGCUGCCGCCGCUGCUGGCCGGGCCCCCCCCUCACCCCCUCCGCUAUGGGCACCCCGCACUUUUAAGGCGCCGCCCCGAGGGGGGGGCACGGGGAUUUCAUUAAAAAUCGCUAUUUACGUGGUUAUUCAUUGCCCCGCUCCGGGUAUGUGAACAACCACCCCCCUGCCCCCCCCCGGCUCCCCUUCCAUCCACCCCCAGCGCCAUGCCGGCAGCCUGCACCCUGCUGCUGCUGCUGGGCUUGGGGCUGGUCCCGGUCCCACCGGCCGGGUCGCUGCCCCUCGCUUCCCCACGGCGUCUUCCUCCACCUCCCCCUCCUCCUCCUCCGUCCCGAAGCCGUCUCGGCCGCCCUUCCUCGCUUCCCGCCGCGGGACACGCCGGCAGCCCGGUCAUUGAAAGCAGCCAUCAGGAGAGAAGUUCAAGCACAGAGAUGAGGACUCCUGGUGCUCCUGUGGAGUUGGUGAUGAUGCUGGCUGGGAGCAGGGAGUGGGCAUUGCUGCCUGUCAGGCACGGGGCAGUGCCAGCAGCAAGCAGGGCCACAGGGCACCCUGCCCCCCCUGCCAGUGAUGGGGAUGUCACCCCUCCAGGAGCAGGAACCCCAGAGAACCCAUCUGCUGGGACAGUGACCCACGUGCUCAGCCACAGCCAUCCUCCCGACCCUGGAAGCCAUCACCCUGCUGCAGGCAGGCUGGGGAGAGGCACGAGGGCUGUGGCUUUUGCCAGCAUCCCUGCAGCUGCCGAGGGAACGCCGCCGGGCUCGGAAGCCGUCAGCAGCGAUUCCCCUGAGGGGACAUGGGGAGGGCACCACAGGGUCUGGAACGAGUCAGGGCUUAACACUGUGAGGACAGUGCUGCUACCUUCGUCUUCAGAACCUCAUCACCCAGGCACUGACAGCCUCUCUCAACCUGUGAGCAGCUGGGUGGGCACAGAGCUGGGCAGCAGCCCUGCCGUGGGCGCUGCAGCUGCUCCAGCCAGCCCCUCGGGGAGCAGCCCCAGCACUGCCCUCCCUGGCUCCCUGGGACAGCCCCAGGCCUCCUCCCAAGCUUCAAGUACCCAGGCUGGUGCAGAGAACAUCACGCUACACCCCAGGGGUGUUGUGGGGAACUUCACCAGCCCUUUGCUGACUGCAUCACCUCCCACGGACAACGCCUUCGGAGGCGUUGGAAGCAGCUACCAACCAUCCAAGAACUCAGCUACGGAGAGGUUCGGUUCGGAUUUCCCCACCACCGGCACCUCCAUUUCCACAGCAGCUGCCAAGGGCGGAGGGAGGACAUUAAGGUCUCUGCCAGCCAGCACCAGGCUGGUCACCAUGGCAGAGAUUUCCACCUUUGGGACUGAAAUCACCAGCUCUUCAGCCCAGAGCCAGAGCCCUGGGGUGUCUGUGGGUGCCCAGGGUGAUGGAGGCAGAGGUGUCACAGACCCGUUGCUCUCAGGCUUGCUGCCCGUUUCAGGAACUUCUUCCACAACUUUUAGCAGCGAUUAUGAACCCCCCAAGAGCAUCCCAGGUGCAGAAGAGGCGACGCUGCGCUUGGACAUCCAGGCUGCUGACGUGUCCAGCAUGGCAGUGGGGACACUGAUGUCCCCAGAAAAUGGCCACACAGCUGGGGUGACAAGGGACUCUGCCACCAGCAGCAACCCCACAAGCUCUUUGGGUGGGACCUCCUAUUCCUUGAGGACUGGGACACAUCAUCCCAACAGCUCACGGGAAGCCACUGGUCUCCCAGGCCCUCCCGGGGGUGCUUUGCUCACAAGCUCCCUCUCUGCCUCUGAAGGUCCUUCCCGAGGUGUAAGCAGCCACCGACCCAUGGCAGAGAAAACCUCCCUCAGUUCCUCUGCCACCAGCACUCCCAUUUCAGCCACGUCCAGCAGUGCUGGGAGACCACCCAGGUCUGCCUCGGGCAGCAGCUCCUGGGCAGCAGCCAAGGGCUCCACGUCCAGCAGUGCCACGUACAGGACCUUGGGAACAACCCAAUCCUUGUCCACAUCUUCUGGGAGAGAGACCUCCAGAGCUCAGGGGUCCACAGGAAUGAGAGAUUUCACUGAGGUGGCAGACUCUCCUUUAACACACUCUGGCUCUCCUUUGGAAGGUCCUUCUCCAGCUACUGGAAGCAGCCAUGUGUCCUUCAGCAUCCUGUCAACAGAGAGAAGAGCCAAUUUCCCCACCACCAGCACCUCCGUUUCCACAACAGGCACCAAGGCUGGAGGGAGGACAUUAAGGUCUCUGCCAGCCAGCACCACCCUGGCCCAAACAACAGAGGUUUCCACCACUGGUACUGAAAACAUCAGCUCUGCAGGCCAUUCCCAGUCUUCUUUGGGAACCCAGGGUGGUGGUGGCAGAGGUACUGCCCUGUCAUCUGUGACCCCAUUGCUCACAGGCUCACCAUCUGCUUCAGAAAGCACUUCCCCAGCAGACAAGACCUCAGCAAUGGGAGGGCACCUGUCUCUCGCCAGCACACCCAGUGUGGUGACAGCUGCCACCAGUGAGGAGAGCAGCACAGUGCCUGUGUUGGACACCCAUGGAGCUUCCAGUGCCACAGGGAGCUCUGCUCCCUCUCCCCCCCACACCAGCACCCUGGACACGGUCCUGCUGUCCUCACCAGCAGCAGAGCCUGGGACACAGAGCCCUGUUUCACAGGGUGGGGCAGGACUCAGUGAGCUUCCAACAAAGCUGCUGCCUGCGUUUUCUCCCAGCGUUUCAGUGCCUUCACCUUCAACCACACUCUUCAUCCACAAGGAAGGGACGUCUCAAGACCCAGGCAGCCGCAGUCUGUGGAGCACAAAAGCAGAAAGCCUCACAUCUCAUCUGGACACAGCUGGGGACACCCACACUGGCCCUGUCCCGUCCUCCACGGCAUGGACUCGAAUGAGACAUGUGUCAUCUGGUCAAGCAGGGUCCCCAGAGCCCAAGGUCACCCUUUCAUCCAAGGUCUUCACCUACUUUUCAGCUGCUGCUGAACCUUCCACUAUUGGCAGCAGCCAACGCUCCCUGAGCAGCUCAAGUGCUGGGAAGAGGAUGUCCAGCCCCAUCACCGAUCCCGUGUACAGUUCAUCCACGUCUGCGGGUGCUGAGGAGAGGAUGCUUCUCUCAGUGACAGAUGGCACUCUGGCAGCUGGCAUGGAGAGCUCUUCUUUCCCUGCUGGAGCUUCCAGCUCUCCAGGGCCAUCUGAGCCAGCAUUGCUGGAGCAGGGCAGGACAGCCAACGCCUCCACCAGCAGCGGGGGUUUCACAGGCUUUGCGACGGAGACGGUCUUCGUACGUUCUGCCAAGAUACCUACUUACUCUUCUUUCCAAAACGAUCUCACAAACUUUUCAGGAAGCCAUCAGCCAGUCAGUAGCAGUGAUGCUGAGAAAAGGACCUCGGUUUCUCACACAGACGGCACAUACAUUUCAACCACGUAUACCAGAGGAGGGGAAAGGACCCUCCUGUCUAUCUCCAACAGCAGCACCUCUGCUGACUCCUCAGAAAGUUCCACCUUUUUUUCUGAAAUUUCCAGCCCUUUUGAUGCCUCACAAUCGUCUGUGGCUCAUGACAGGCAGACCAAUGCAUCAAACAGUAGCAGUUUUGUUGAACCAUCUACGGAGCCGUUGCUGGUGCACCCUUCCAAACCAUCGACAUCUGCUUCUAGGGGCAGCAUAGAAAAUACAACUCUAUUCAACACUGACUCUGAGUUGUUGACCACUGACAGAUCAUCUCUGUCUUCAUCAGCAUUUCCAGCCUCUUCCUCACUGUCAUCACUGCAGCACUUGUUGUCAUCAACACCACCACCAACUCAUCUGUUUACACUGUCAGAAUCCCCUGAGCCACGCUUGCCCUCUGUGAUGGCAUCUUCACCCUCUCUGCAGGCUUUGUCGUCCUCCUUGCCCACUUCCUCCUUGCCCUCCCCAUCUUACUCAUUAGCAUCUUUGUCUGUGUUUUCAUCACCCUCAUCCAUCUUGCAGUCCAGUGAGAGUGAUCAAGCAAGCACCACUGUGGCUACGAGUGUGGUCAGGCAGGAGCCCUCCACAGCUGCCACAGCCAGGAGCUCACCCAGAGAGACCAACAAGCCUCAUGUCACACACCAGCCCCAGAAGAGCACCACCUUCACUCCCACCAGGUCACCUCUCCCUACGGAACCCAUGGAGCUGCUUGGUGGACGCGUCGUGUCUGUGUCUGCUCCCGUGACGGUAACAGAGACUACCUCGCCUAGAGAUGCCACCACCCAAGGGGACAGCUUUGGGAAGGCAACACCACUGCUCACCACAGCCAGUGUUGCUCCACAGGCUGGCCCAACAGAUGCACCCCUUAGUCCCUCACCAAGUGAAACAAAUCAGGGCAGCAUUGUCCCCACAGUGACCACGGUGAAACCUCCUGUGCUGACAACCCCGUCCGGUCGCCAGCCCACCCCAGGUGAGGCCAGCACCAUGAACGACCACAGGGCCCAGACACCCACUGCCACUAAGCACAGUUAUACCACUGGUAAAAGCACAGAAGCCAUGGGUCCCACCACUUCAAGGCCUGGUAAGGUCACUGAGGGAAACAUCCCUGUUACAAGUCCUUCUGAAGCACCUCCAACCACCAAGACCACCGUGAGCAUUGCAACUACUUUGGCUGCUACCAAACCAACCACUGCUCCUCCAUCGAGCAGCACCGUCGGGCUGAGGACAUCCCCUCCAGCUGCAGAGGUGGAUAAAUGUCUUUCCAACCCUUGUCCUGCACUGGCCACCUGCAACAACACCCAUGGAUCCUAUAUCUGUCAGUGUCCUCUUGGAUAUGAGCUGGAAAAAGGAAAGUGCAAUUUAGCGAGAAUAUUUAUUGGCCAGGUUCCCCUGAAACUUAAUAUCACUCAUGGGAAAUACACAGAGCUCUUCCACAUUGAGAGGGAGAUCCUGGAGGUGCUCAAUGCAUCGCUGUCAGGCUUGCCAGGAUACCACCACUCCACAGUUAAGGCAAGCAGGGAGGCAAAUUUUGUCCAUGUCUCAGUGCAAUCCACGUUCUCUUUAGCAUCCAACGUGACUUUCUUCGAUGUUAUCGGCAGUGUGAAAAGCUACAUUCAAGCUUGCAAAUCCCCCACUGAAGCCUGCCAGUUCAUAUCAAGCCUGAAAUCACUCCACAGAGCUGGCAGCUUGUGCAGACAGAAGGACCCUGAAUGUGACAAGGAAACUUCAGAAUGCACCGACUUUGAUGGGGUCGCUCUCUGCCAGUGCAAAAGUGGGUACUUCAAAUACAACAAGAUGGACCACUCCUGCAGAGCCUGUGAAGAUGGAUAUAAGCUGGAAAACGAGACCUGUGUGAGCUGCCCCUUUGGCUUGGGUGGAUUCAACUGUGGAAACCCGUAUCAGCUCAUCACGGUGGUGAUUGCAGCUGCAGGAGGGGGACUGCUGCUGAUCAUGGGCAUAGCACUGAUUGUCACCUGCUGCCGGAAGAAUAAAAAUGACAUAAGUAAACUGAUUUUCAAGAGUGGGGAUUUCCAGAUGUCACCUUAUGCUGAAUAUCCGAAGAAUCCCCGGGCACAGGAGUGGGGCAGAGAGACCAUCGAGAUGCAGGAGAAUGGAAGCACCAAGAACCUGUUGCAGAUGACAGAUGUGUAUUAUUCGCCAACUGGACUGAGAAAUCCUGAACUGGAAAGAAAUGGACUUUAUCCUCCCUACACUGGUUUGCCUGGAUCUCGACAUUCGUGCAUCUACCCUGGACAAUACAAUCCAUCCUUCAUCAGUGAUGAAACCAGAAGAAGAGACUAUUUUUAGCAAAGAGUGGAGAGGGAGUGGAAGAUUGACACAGUUGUGUGGCCCUUAAUUCCCAGGUGCAAUCUGUCUCCUGGGUAGUUGAGGCCACAUCAAUCUUACUCUUCCCAUUUAAUAGGAAGGACUUUGAACUUCAUGCUGAGCAUUGCUGCCCUGAGGGACAGUCACAGUUGCUGAGCAUCAGAGAGGAGGAGGAAGAGGAGGGAAUGGCUCAAGAAGCACAUCACUAAAAGACCCAGUGGGAAGCUAACAUGUGUACUCCUUAUUCAUUCUUCACUCUUCGCGCUACACGGGCAAGCAUGGAUCAGUACAGGCAGAAGAACUGUGCCCAGCACUCUGCAUUGAAUACCACUGGGGAGUGUCUUGUUUACAGAUCUCGUUCACUGUUGACUGUGCUUGUCUUCCUAGCCACCCUUCAUGCAAAGAUUCACUGUGCAAUUGCUUUUGGUCAGGCAAGUUUGUCCAGUCCCUUUUAGACCACUGCCUUGCUGUUGUCGGCUUCAAGCAGGACAGGGAAGCUGGCUUGUGUUCUGGCCCUCACCUUCGUACUGGUAAAAGUUCUCCAGAUUUCUGGGUCCUUGCCAAAGCCAGGUGUCUGGCAAUAUUGGCUGAAUUAAUGGGUUGAUUGUCUCCCAGUGCAGGACAGUCAGUCACACCACUGCAAUUUUAACAGAAAAAAGGCACAGUUGUUCCUCUGUGCUGCUUUGAAAACCGUCUGUAUGUAGGGAAUGUUGUUGUUUUGUCAACCAAAUUGUUCAGAAGUGGUGCCACUACACACCAUCAUGAUGCUUCCAUAUGGGAUCCUUUGGGGCUCUGUUUCCCUGCAAGGAUUUAAAUGCCUGUAGACACAGCAAUAUAAUAUUAAAUAAUUCCUCAUGGGGAAGAAGAAGAUGAGCUGGUAAUUCAGAAUGCUUUUUAUGAGGAAUCUCUGAAGGAGUAAUAAUGCUGUAGCCUUGGCUGGGCAGAGGAACCUGAAUUCUGGGCACUGAAGGUGGGAUAUAUUUUCAAGCCCCCAGAGUCCACCUUGAAUUUGUAGGCGCUGUGGAGGCUUUCAGUGCCUUGGAAAAGAGGGCUUGCCACAGUCAGUUGCAUUCAAGGAAGAGAAAAACAUGAUGCUUGCAAUCCUAGCAUAGCAAAGAUCACUUAUGUUGAAGUGUUUUUCUUUCUUCCAUCUUAGUUUCGAGUGAUUCAGACCAGGCAAGUUUCCUCACCCAGGUGUGUUCGUUCCUAUUAGCAGAAGCUGAAGAAUGUAAGUUAUUGCAUUUCUCACCAAAGACCAGGUUGAAUUUCAUGGACUGUAUUCUGACCUAGAGUGAGUGUGGAAAGAGAUCUUACUAAUCACAGAACCCUGGAAUGGGUUGAGUUGGAACGGAUCUUGCAGAUAAUUUUUUUCCAACUCCUCUGCCAUAAGCAGGGACACCUUCCACUAGACCAGGUUUCUUAAAGCCCCAUCCAGCCUGGCUUUGAACACUUGCAGGGAUUGGGUAACUUCUCUGGCCAGCCUGUUUCAGUGCCUCACCAUUCUCAUCAUGAAGAAUUUCUUUCUUGUAACUAAUCCAAAUCUACCUUCUUUGCUUUAAAAUAAUUUCCCUUGUCCUAUCCCUACACGCCCUUGCGAAAAGUCCCUCUCCAGCUUUCUUGUAGGCCUCCUUUAGUUACUGGAAGGUGGUCCAAGAUCUCCUUGGAGCCUACUCUUCUCCAGGCUGAACAGCCCCAACUUUCUCAGACUGUCUUCAUAGGAGAGGUGCUCCAGCCUCUGACCACCUUUGUGGCCUCAUUUCUUCUGAUGGCACCACUGAGCACAGCACUGCAGGUGGGCUCUCAGGAGAGCAGAGCAGAGGGAGAGAAUUCCCUCCCCACCCUGGUUCUGGUGCUGCCCAGGGCACAGCUGGCUUUCUGGGCUGUGAGAGCACAUUGCUGGGUCAUGUUUAGCUUCUCACCAACCAACACCCCAAGUCCUCAGGGCUAGUUUCUGUUCUCCAACAGCCUGCAUUUGUGCUGGAGAUUGCUCUGGAUCACAUGCGGGAAAUAUAAUUAAAUAUCAUGAAGUAUAUUUACCACUUAUCUUUACUGCACUGUUAAUCUGAGUCAUCCAAAGCCUGUUUAGAUACAAGGUCUAGAUGCAGUUUCUCCUCUUGAAUGUGAAUGUGCUUUUAAUUCAAGUUGGCUGCUUGUGUAAGGAUAACAAAUAGCCCAGUUCCUUCGUCACUAACUCACUGAAUCUGUAGUGUGUACAUAAGAUGAUAUUCCCUUCUCCCCCACCAUGCUUUAAAAGACACAGUGCCUACAACUAAGUUCAUAGGUAGGUCAGCUCACUGAAGCACUGAGGAUAGUGGGGUGCAUCCCCCAAAGUGCCUAGCCCCAGUUCAGAUGCUCAUGUGUUGUGUGGCUGCUCACUGGAGGCAAACCUGGGGUGAUGAGGAGCUCUCCGUCAGGGAGCAGGUACUUGCAUCCUACAGAUGGUGUGAGUUCCCAGAUCCUUUCCCAGCACUUUAAAGGCUGUUGUGUUCCUUACCAAAGGUCAGUAACCGGUAUACAGAGGGAAGUGAGACAGCAACAGGCAAUUAUAAGCUGUGUUGGCUUAGAGGUUUCUGGUCCUUGCUCACAGUUGCUUCUGUUUUCUCAAAACUUCAAGACAGGAAAGGUGCCACAGAUGUGCUUGAGAAGGCAUAGUUCAGUGCACCAGCCACAGCACACAAACACAGUGUCUUUUUUAUGCCUCACCUCUUGUCUUCUGUGUAGAAGCAGCAGUGUGAGCUUGCAGAGAAACACAGCUUUAUGGAUGCCAAGGGCAGGAUCCUUUGCACUUACGUGAACUUUCGGUGACAAUGCAUCCAACUUCACACCUGUCUGAUCCAUAAUCAGCCUGGCAGCUGGUAGUGCACAGCUGAUCUCAGGUGUAGGGGGAAAGGAAUGGAUGCUCAUGGGAAGUACAGAUGCCCAAGGAGCUGUAUUUAAGGAAGGCUCUACUUAGUGUCCAAGAUAUUACAACAGGUAAAGCACAAGAAUUAGAUGUUCCCUGCCAUGCUGAUCAGAGUUUUCAUCCAGGACAGAAAGGACUGCCUUUCCCCUGGUAUGGAGCAGAGAUAUGUUUUUGUUACAAAAGAAAAGAAGAUGCAAUUCAUGCUAAAUAUAAAUCCAAAGCCUAUAGACAAGCACUGGACUUUGUCCAUUUUGAGUAAAGCAGCUUGUGAUAAGAAGGUGUCCCAGCAGUGACGAGAAUCCCAUGAUUUACCCAUGUGCCAGCAUUUCCUCAGAUGGGAAAGCAUUUAGGCCUGUGCUUAUAGGCAAAGAUGUUUACCUGCUUGGUUAGUUCAAAGGCUAGGAGAUGAACUUCUGCGUGUCAAGUACAAAGGACAAAGUAUGGCACACCAAAUCAAAACUGCAGACCAGUCCUUCUGCACAAAGAAUAUAUGAGCAAAACUUCUGGUCUCUAUUUCCCAGCACACUGCAAAUUGCAAGGGAUUUGGGUGGAAUUGAGAUAGGGCUAUUUCUAAUGAAAGCAUACCUUAAUGGUCUUCAAAUUCUUCUUGAAUUGUAUCUGGAGAGAAAGAGUCUCAGUAAAUCCAGCAAGAUUUUCUGAGUGAGGACUGCAAAACUUGGAAUUUUCUGAAAGAGUGUUAUUGCACUGAAAUUUACUCUCUGCCAAUGCAGGUAAACGUUGGGGCAUUUCUUAUGAGGGUUUAUCCAUCACAGCCUGACCUAUUUGGAUAAGAAAGGAGUCUCAGAGCCAAGGCAUAGUCCACAGGAGGAGGAGGAGGAAAAGGGUCUCUCCUGACCUGCCACACCUUCUCUGGGUGUCUUAGGAAGCCCUGCCCAGCAGGCAAGGGAGGGGUUUAGGCAGGAGGAGUCAGCACCCAGAUGAGUGCAGGUGCUUUCCCCCAGAGUGUUCCAGGAAGCUUUUGGGAAGGUGACAGAGGCAGCCUGGGGUGAUUCAGCCCCUGGGUUUCCACCAGCCCAGCUGCAACCUGUGCUGCAGUGCUUGUCUUCAGCACCACCCACUGCCAGCUCCGCUCUCCUGGGACAUCAGGGGUGGGUGCAGUGCACUGUGCUGUGUCACAGUUUUUGAUGGUUAUUUUACUGCAGUGUUCGCUGCCUCACCCCAGCAGUACCGACUCGCCCAGCCGCAGCAGGGAUGUGGGCAGUGUUUCAGUGCAGGUUGUCCCUGUGUAAAGCUGCCACCAGGAUCCUCUCUGUGUCUGCCAUGAACAAAGUGCCCUUUGGCAGUGGAGUGGGGCUUGUUACUCCUCUUGGGUAUAGGAAGGGUCUCUAUGUGCCCUCAAGCCCACUUUCAAAAUCAGAUGCUUCUCUGUUCACAGCCUAACUCCCUGUAGGAUGUCUAAAUACAUGCAGCUUAUUUCUCGUCUCACUUUUAGAUUACUUCUAGCUACUCCAAACUGAAAAUUUUGAGCACACUGGAUGUUUUUGCCAAGGGGAAUCACUCUACUAUGUGAGAGAAUAGGAGGGAAGUGGCAUGUUUUUGGUAUGGAGAAUGCAAGUGGUUCAGCCAGAUGUGGGGAAAGGAAGAAAAACUACACCAACACUGCUCAUAAAUCUGCUAUUGCUCCUGGCUGCUGUGGAAAGGGAGGGGAGCAGUCAGCAAUGACCCAUGGGCAGUUGUGUGGGUGUAUAUUUAAUUAAUUUGGGAAAAAAUGCUAAUUCUGUUGCUUGGCAGGAAAAGUUGUGAGAGGCAUGUGUUUGCUGCUGUGGUGCUCUGCCAGUUAUACUGACAAAAUGCUUUACCCACAAAAAUACCCCUGACAGUCAGCAUAGGAGAGGCAGUCCCAGUGAACUGAUCAGCAAAACACAGAUUUGAGGAAUCUUUCAAAGGGCAUCUUGAACAUACAGUCUUCCUGUGUCCUGCUCUUGCCCUGGCCAGUCCUUCCAGCUGCACUGGGGAAAUCAGGGAUGUUUUUUCAUAAUUUUGAAACCUCACAGCACUGAAUUGGGCUAUAAGUGGAAAAAGUGGGCCAGGUUUUCCUCCAUUCUGGAAGCAUUAGGUUUUAUAGCAGCAAUGAAUCUCAUUGCUCCCAUGGCAUUUCCCAUAAGACCCACUGGCACAGUCAUGUACUGAGUUACUGCUCAUGAGCAGCUCUAUGAAAGUUAUCUGCCUCCACGCUGCAGGGUAGUAAAAGGCUUUAAAAAUAGCAAUAAAUUGCAGUUAGAGAGACGUAUUUAUCAUUGUGAAAUAGUUUGCGCCAAUGCUUGUACAGGUUGUUUGCUGGGACCUGAGUGAGCACAGAAUGGGUUUGGACACUGCUGCAGAUACACCAAGUUGCUUUCCCAAGGACUUGUCUCUGAUGCUGGUCAAUGGCUAUAUCUAUUCCAAAUCCAGCUGGAAUUUUCAUUCCCUAAUAGUAAUCUUUAGCUUUCUUCCUUAAAUUAGCAAGAACAGAUGCAUUUUAGUUAAAUGCUCUUCCUAUGCUGACUAAUGCUUUUUCAUCUUCACACACAAAGGAUGCAAUCCAGCAUCCCUACAGUGACUGGGGUAACUCUCCCAUGGACUGCAAAGAAGGUUUUUUUAGGCCUGAAUUACUCCACCACCAGGAUCACCUGCCUGUAGUACAUGCUUUCCCAUGGCUCUGUCUUCCUAUUUCUGUGAUACUGUUCCUGCCUUUCCAUGUUGCAUCUAUUUCUUUUUUUUAAGCAUCCUUAUUACUGUAACAGGACCUAUGUUAUGAACAAAGCAGCUUCAAGAUUGGAAACAGUUUCCUGCGAAGAGAGUGAAUGUGAAUUUUGUGUAGUUGUUUUACAGGUCAGCCAGCCUCUUUCCUGUCAUGUAAUAUCUAGGGAUGUAGAGAAGCUUCCUGCUGUCACACAUAUCAGCUGCUCUGCAGAUCACUCUUGCCUGUCCCUUUAGAAAUUAAGCAAGAUCUCCUGGUUUCAGAAGGGGUAUGUCCUGUGCUUGUAAGAGUUUGGGACCUUUUCAAUUCCCAUUUAAUUCUUCAUUCUCUUGAGCUGCUGAAAUUGAAAAGCAGGAGAGAAAUUCAUGAAGGAGAAAGAAGUACCAAAAUUUAAAAAAAAAAAAAUAUACUUACUUAUUUUGCAGAAGUGUGACUUCAGUACUGUGAGAUCAAGUGUGGGAUGACACCUCUUCUGUGUCUAGUCUGUGUUGCAUAAUAUCCUUGUUGAGGGAACACCUAGCAAGGGUACCUGAUGUUCCUCCAAAGUGGUAUUGAAAUGCUAAAUCACUCAGUCUCUAUUUCAAUGAAAUGCUAGAAGAGAUGGGAGUCCUACUUGGGUUAAUGACUGCAGCAGGCAGCCCCCAGAUGAGCAAAAUCCUGUAUGGAAAAGUCCUGUGGAAUACACUGAUCACUUCUCUUGAAUAUGGCUGGACAUAAAAAGUCUUCAAUAAAAUCUGCUAGGAUGGGUUUACUUUAAAGAAAAAAAAAAGAAGCUGAACAGGGUAAAUAUUUACUACCUUUAUUUUUUAAAGGAAAUUCUGUUAAACUCAGUUAUUUGCUUUAAACCCAUUAAAUUCUACAGGACUUUCUCCUAGUAAAAGGUGAAACUUGGUGUGUAAAAUCAUAAUGAUUUAUUUAAGCAGCUUUUAGAACUGCAGUAGUAAAGCUCACCUUUUAUGAACUCUCUUCCAAAAGAUAAAUUUUCAGCAUUUGUUUGUGCUUCUUUACAACCUGAAUGUAAACCUGCUUUAUGUUCUUGACAUUGCUCCACUCCCUUCCCUCUGUCUCUGAGUGUUUGCUUCCAAGUCUCUGGGGUUCUGAGGAUGUUUUCCAAACCAGUAUUAUUUAAAGUUGUAUCAUAAUUUCAGCCUCCACUAAUUAUACAGUACUGUAGUAGCAAAAUAUAAUUUUUAAGGAUUGGAUUAUUUUUAUACCUGCAUCCAAUAUUAUUAAAUCUGGCGUUCUAGUCAGUAUCAUAAAAGGAUACAAUAAAACAAUGAAUAUUA